GACCUGGAAGUGUCGAUCAAUUAGAAAUAGAUCUGGAGGAGCAUUUUCAACAUUUCAUGGUCUUCGAUCGAUCAUGGACCCAAUUAUUCUAAGUAGGUUUUAAAGCAAAAACAUCUAGUGGUCCUUUGAAAAGUUGCAGUGCGCAGACUAAUGAGAAAUUUCAAACAUAUUUACAUCUGGUAGGUGUAACAACAUACCAUGGUAAGCCAGUUGAUAACGCCAUAAAAUGAAUUAAAACAGAAUUAACAGUUCGUAAUUGCAUUAUGUAGACAGUCAUUCAGUUGAGGCCAAAGAAAUUAACACUUACAACUGAUUAAAAGCAGAGAGAGCAAACCAAUCUGGUAUUUUGGCAUCUGGGAUGAGGCUUACAGCUAAUAGCUUGUAUGGGUUGGCAUCAAAACCACGAAAAAUAUCUGGCCCUUCCUUUAUACCUUGAUGAAAUCUUUCACCUUGUUGUUGCCGUUUUGCUGUCUGUAACAUUUGUUCUAAUCUUCAGAGAGCUAUAUAUAUGCUCAAGAUAUGGGCUUUCUGUUGGCUUGUUCGCAUUCUGAUGAUCAUCUGCUAUCCAGUAUCGCCUACCCAAUUGGAAAAGUGGGAUACCAUUGCCAAUAUUUUCUGAAUGGUGGCUGUUCAAUGACAAGUUUUCAGCAAUCGAUUCAUUUGUCCUAUCAUCAUUUCCUGGUGCAAUGUUCCAGGGAAUGAAUGGCUUGAGUGUUAAAUAUCAGGUUCUUGAUCUUGUACUUGGACAUGGAGAUGAUUUGUUCAGGCUAGCACAGUCGAAAGCCCUCGUCUCUAUUCACGACCUUGAGGCUGGAAAGGGUGGUGAACUAACACAUGACAACGAUUACAGUGGAGCGCUAAAUUUAACUGAAAAGACUGCCAAGGAGGCUAUGACACCUAUUGAAUCAAGAUUGUGCUUGGAUGUUGAUUCAAAGUUAGACUGGGCUUACAGGUUUGAACAUUGUGGAGCAGUCCCUUUGGAAAGCUGUACCUCAUUAUUUAUGUCAUGUCAGCAAUGCUUUAAAGAAGCACACUGGGAAACUGGAAAAUCACUUCCAUUGAAAUGCACACCAAUCAGGUUUGGCUCUUGGAUGGGGGGUGGUCGAGAUGGAAAUCCCAAUGUGACAGCAAAGGUCACAAAAGAUGUCUCGCUUUUAUCUAGGUGGAUGACUAUUGAUCUCUAUAUUAGAGAAGUGGAUAGCCUGAAAUUUGAACUAUCCAUGAAUUGGUGCAGUAAUAGCUUGUCAAAACUGGCACAAGAGAUUCUAGAGCACAAAUCUGCAUAUGAGGAUAACCAGAGUUGGGAUCAUCAGUGUUAUAAUAGGAAUCAGAAUGCAAUGUUGGUCAUUCUCACUAUCCCAGAAUUGAAAUGUUGGUCAUUUUAACUGAAGAUUGCAUUGGGGCAGGAAUCUGGUAGACAUGCUGAAACACUUGAUGCAAUUACCAAAUAUUUGGAUAUGGGCACAUACAGUGAGUGGGAUGAAGAAAAGAAACUGGAAUUUCUAACAAGAGAGCUCAAAGGAAAAAGGACCGCUAGUCCCAUCUAGCAUGGAGGAAGAGAAAGUCUUGGUUUACCACUAUUGGCCAAAAUCUUAAACUAUGAAGGUGUGUUCCAUGGGUGUUUGCAUGGACUCGAACCAGGAUCUUCUUUUCUGAUAGGAAGAGCUCUACUAGAAUUGGACAUCUUUGGGCAAUUCCAUGGGUGUUUGCAUGGACUCGAACCAGAUUUUUUCUUCCAGCUUGGGUGGAGUUGAACCAGGUUUAAGGGAAGUUUGUGAGAAGGGACACACUGAAGACUUGAAAGCCAUGUACCAAGCUUCUUGAACCCCAAAGACGUUGAUGAAGUCCAAUUAGAGGAAGAGCCUCCAACUCAACUGCUAGACGGGGAAAAUUGUAAAGCUAGCAAGUACUGAAGACAUUCCUAGCAUGACAUGAAAACACGAGACUGUUUUAUUUGAAAUCUUCUGUUAGAAUCAUUAGUAUUCAGAUCUUUGGUUGAUGCCCUACUGACCCAGAAUGUUGAUGGGAAUUCACAUUUUUGACUGCUAGUAUCAUCUGUGGAGCAUAAUUAUUUGCUGUUGUAUCAGAUGAAUUCAAUUCACCAUGCCCUACCGAAGAGAUUUCUGCAUGAAGUUUUCAUUUGGUAGAAGCAGAACUAGUAUAUCUGGAAUGGGAUUAGCAGAGUCUAAUUAUGCUCCACCCUUGUACGAGUUUGUAAUUACUUAGGUCAUUGCAUAUUUUUAACAAGUGCUACUGGCCAUUUGUUCUGUUGGAUAGUUUUGGGUGUUUAGCAGUAGAUAGUAGUUUGGAUGAUUAACAGGAACUGCUAUGCCAUCUGUUCUGUUUCAUUUUUAUGCUUUCAUCUUAAAAUUGAGUUGAGUAUAUUCAUCCUUUACA